AUGAGGCUAAAAGCAGCAGCAGCAGCAGCAGCAGCAAGCAGCAGCAGCAGCAGCAAGUGCGUUUUCGUGCUGCACGCGUUCAAAGACUUUCCCGGGUUUGCCUUCGACGAAUCCAAAGAGCGGUUCUGCAGCGAAGAGUCCCCGCGGUGCAGCUUGCUGGGGGGCGUGGGGUGUCUCCUUUCAGCAGCAAGCAGCAGCAGCAAAAUGUUUUUGAAAAGAUUUGCCCUCGUGCUGCAGCGCUGCAGAGACACUUCUCUCUUUCGCCUCCAGAAGCAGCAAAAUGCACGCGAAGCCCCCGACGCAGCCAAGAAAACCAAAGUGACUCUGGUGGACCACUGCAGCAGAGCUUUCCACCAGACCCAGUUCUUGCUGGGCUGUCUGGGGGCCGACGCAAACCAGGAACUUUUCUUGGAAGGUUUUUGCACAAAAGUUAAAUUAAAAUUGCAUCCUCAGUGUUCAGUGGGUUUGGGGUUGUUUGGAGAAGGCCACGUGGUGCUAGUUGAAGGAUCUUUUGCUUCCGAUUUGUCUCCUUUUGUUGCUGUUGGAGUAGUACAUCUCCCGCGGCUGCCGCAGCAAGACCCUUUUUACUGCAGCACGAGGCGGCGGCGGCAGCAGCUGGAAGCAGCAGCAGCCAGCACCUACCUGGGCAGCAGCAGCAGCAGCAGCAGCAGCAGCAGCAGCAGCGGCAGCAAGAGCCUGCUGCCGGCGGGCCUCAGCAGCAAACCCAGCGGAGACGUCAGCAGCUUCUUCGGGCCAAGACUGUCUCCUUUGGACUUUUCUUUUUUGUCUCUUUAUGAAGAGACAGAAGCAGCAGCAAGAAUUGAGCAGCAGCUGCUGCAGUCGUGGGGGGGCAGCAGCAGCAGCAGCAGCCUCAUAGACAAGCUCGCGGACUUCAUAGUGGCCCAGAAGAGCCAGAGGGGCCCUGCUGCAGCAGCGGAGGACGACAGCCCCGCAGCAGCAGCAGCAGCUGCUGCUGCUGCUGCUGCUGCUGCUGCUGCUGAAAACAAACCCAGCAGCACGCAGUGGUACAUCAUCAGCCAAAUACAAUUCACAAACCCCAAAGACCUCAAGCUGCUCGAGGCAAUCUUCGCAGGUGCCGUUGCGGAGGCGGAAGACAGCGGAGAACCCCUUGCUGCGGGUUUUGUGUUUUUGGGGAGUUUUGAAGAAGAAGAAAAUGGAAAAGACUUGGGCGAGGGUUUGGGGUGUCUGUACACCCUAAUUGUGAACAAGUUCAAAGUGCUGGGGGAGAGCUGCUACUUCGUCUUCGUGCCAGGCCCAGAUGACCCUUGUUUCGCUCGAGAGUCGCUGCCACGGCUGCCAGUAGCUCCGGUGUACACGCAGCCUUUCAUCGAGCGCAUGCAGCAGCAGUUUAAAGGAGCAAAAGAAAGAAUUUGCUUCUCCACUAGCCCCUGCAGGAUUCGACAGGGCUCGUGCCUCAUGACCUUUUUCAGACAUGACAUUUAUGCUGCUCUUUCCACCGAGUGUUUUUUGACGGGGGGUUUUGAUGAAAACGAAAGCAUUCAGCAAAACCUAGACAAAGUCGUCCUUAACACCAUCCUCGGCCAAGCCCACCUGUGCCCCUGCCGCGCAGACCACCGCCUCGCCAAGCCCAAAGACAGCAGCCUCCUCCUUUUCCCCACUCCCAACUUGCUGUUUUUGUGCGACACUACUUGCCCCCCCUUCACUAAAGUGGACCCGAAGCACCCCGACGACAUGAUCGUGUGCAAUGCAGGCGAGUCUAGGGUUUAG